UCUCGCGCUCCGCGGAGGGGAGACACUUUUCCUGCGUUCCCCAAACAAGUGCAUUGUAGUACUGCAAAAGAGAAACUAAAAAUGAUGAACGGAGAUAUUAACGGUUUCUACAACCCUCUUAUUGAGGAGGACUGCUUCUUGUUUACAUCGGAGUCCGUUGGAGAGGGGCAUCCAGAUAAGAUAUGUGACCAGAUAAGUGACGCUGUGUUGGACGCUCACCUGAAGCAAGACCCAGAGGCUAAAGUGGCUUGCGAAACCGUAGCCAAGACGGGAAUGAUUUUGCUGGCAGGAGAGGUGACGUCUCGUGCUGUUGUUGACUAUCAGAAGGUGGUUCGCGACACCAUUAAACACAUUGGCUAUGACGACUCGUCCAAGGGCUUUGAUUAUAAGACUUGUAAUGUUCUGGUGGCUCUGGAGCAGCAGUCUCCAGACAUCGCUCAGGGUGUUCAUCUGGACCGCAAUGAGGAGGAUGUUGGGGCCGGCGACCAGGGUCUGAUGUUUGGUUAUGCCACGGAUGAGACCGAGGAAUGCAUGCCUCUCACUAUCGUGCUCGCACACAGACUUAACGCCAAGAUGGCCGAACUGCGCCGCAGCGGCACCCUGCCCUGGCUCCGGCCCGACUCUAAGACUCAGGUGACUGUGCAGUACAGACAGGAGCAUGGCGCCAUGCUGCCGGUGCGCGUCCACACCAUCGUCAUCUCUGUGCAGCACGAUGAAGACAUCUGCCUUGAUGAGAUGCGUGAUGCACUUAAAGAUAAGAUCAUCAAAGCUGUUGUGCCCUCUGUUUAUCUGGACGACGAUACCGUUUAUCACUUACAGCCGAGUGGACGCUUUGUCAUCGGAGGCCCUCAGGGUGAUGCUGGCCUGACUGGUCGUAAGAUUAUUGUCGAUACCUAUGGAGGCUGGGGAGCCCAUGGUGGAGGAGCUUUCUCUGGAAAGGACUACACUAAAGUGGACCGCUCUGCGGCGUACGCUGCCCGCUGGGUGGCCAAAUCUCUAGUGAAGGCUAAACUGUGCAGGCGUGUUCUUGUGCAGGUUUCUUAUGCCAUCGGAGUGGCCCAUCCUCUUUCCAUUUCCAUCUUCCACUAUGGCACAUCUCAAAAGAGCGAGCAGGAGCUGCUUAAAAUCGUCAAGAAAAACUUUGAUCUUCGUCCAGGAGUCAUUGUGAGGGAGCUGGAGCUGAAGAAGCCAAUUUAUCAGAAGACCGCUGCUUACGGUCACUUCGGCCGUGAAUCUUUCCCUUGGGAAGUGCCCAAAAAGCUGGACUACUAAACCUUUUGUCAAGGUUUGUCCUCUCUAGGCCUGUUGGCGUAUUCUACAGAGAAGCCCACACGGCUUACGGGGAGAAGUCUGUGUAUUCUGUUGCUGGUUCAUCUUAUUUAAGUCUUUUUCCUCUUAAUGUCCCACCAUACUGCAUCACACAUUUCACUUCGUAGUCUUUUUUGAGUUUUAAGCGUGAUUAUGAUUCAUCAGCAUUAUGGUGAAGGAAGUGUACUACACUAAUUGACGUAGGAAUUGUAAACUGGUUGGCCAGUACUGAUUACGGAUUUCAUUUUAUGCAGCAUUAUCAAGCCCUUCACCAUUGUAUCAUAAGCAUUCCUCACUGUUUUAGUACUUUUACACCUUGUGUAUUAUUUAAUCGUGCUGUUGUCUUUGCACACAUAUUGUAAUCUGCAGCUCAACUCUUCUGCUGUAUGUCGAGUAACUCCUCUUCUCUAGCGCUCUGUGGUUCCCAAUGGUCGUACAGAAAAGCUAUGGGGACCGGCCACAAGGAGAGUGGCUGCUGCAGUGCCAUUUAUUUUGGCCAAUACUAAUGCAUUAUUAGACGCUUAUUGUCUGUCUUCCUUCACAUUCUCUUCUUUCCUCAAACAGAGGGAUAGCAAUUUUGGCUGGUGUUGUACAGAGAAACUAGCCUCGUUUACAUGCAUUCUCUCUCUCUCUCUCUCUCCCUCUCCCUCUCUCUCUCUCUCCCUCUCCCUCUCCCUCUCCCUCUCUCUCUCUCUCUCUCUCUC